AUGGUUCUCACCAAGGACAAUGCCUCCAUCGGCAUAAUCGGAAUGGGUGACAUGGGCAAGAUCGUAGAGGCCGCUUAUAUUGAUAAAAUAGUUGCAGAAUAUGGUCCCUCAACGAAGGUUGGUGCGAUUGUUGGAGGGCAGACGUCGUGCAAGUCCCCGGAACUUGCUGCCUUUGAUAAACAUCUCCCGUCGGACGUAGAGAUUAUCUCGUGUCACUCGUUACACGGUCCGAAAGUGAAUACAAAGGGUCAACCAUUGGUCCUCAUUCAACACCGAGCAUCUGAUGAGAGCAUGAGAUUCAUCGAGCGCGUCUUUGAGUCCUUCGAAUCCCAAUAUGUCUACCUUAGCGGCGAGAUGCACGACCGCAUCACAGCCGAUACCCAAGCUGUGACGCACGCCGCUUUCCUGAGCAUGGGCACUGCAUGGUACGCCAACAAUCAGUUUCCCUGGGAAAUCGAUCGCUGGGUAGGCGGAAUCGAGAACGUCAAGAUCAACAUCACUCUCCGCAUCUAUGCGAACAAAUGGCACGUCUACGCCGGUCUCGCUAUUCUCAAUCCCGCGGCCCAGAAACAGAUCAGACAAUAUGCAAAAUCCGUCACGGAGCUUUACAAGUUGAUGAUCGAAGGGAAAAGAGACGAGUUAAAGACGAGGGUCAAAGAGGCUGGUGCCGCAGUCUUCAAAUCGGAUACCGAGGGUCAAGACCUCUUGCUGAGAGAUGAGGUCCUUGAUCGAUUUUCGUUGUCGAAUAAGGAUUCGAGAGAGGAGGCACCGCCAAAUAAUCAUCUUAGUCUUUUGGCUAUUGUGGAUUGUUGGUCGAAGUUAGGGAUUGUGCCCUAUGAUCAUAUGAUUUGCUCUACUCCUCUCUUCCGUCUCUGGCUCGGUGUCACGGAAUACCUGUUCCGUAACCCAAGUCUUCUCGAUGAAGUCCUUGACAUUGCCAUCGAUGACCAGACAUUCCGCUCCGAUGACCUAGAGUUCACAUUUGCUGCACGAGCAUGGUCAGAUUGCGUCUCAUUCGGCGACUUUGAGUCCUACCGAGACCGUUUUGAGCGUAUCCAAAGCUACUUUGCGCCGAGAUUCCCGGAUGCAGUCAAAUUGGGCAAUGAGAUGAUGAAGACGAUUCUGGAGAAGACGAGUGAUCACGCUUAG